GCAGUUGCAAUUCGUACGCUCAUCCACUCGGAUGAAUGAUUAAACGGUCUAAUUUUAGUAGGAGUGUGCAGUAAAAUUAGGAGUAGUAAAAGGUGUUGUAAAAGAGGGGAGGAGAAGGAAAGAAGUGAGCGAAACUAUUAUCAAAAAUGUGUCUACCAAAGGAUUUAAAGGGUCCUACGAUCCAGAGUAUUGCAACAAUUGUCGGUAAUUUAUUGUGCUUGAAUUUCGGCCUGCUAUUCGGCAUUACGCCUCCACACAUGAAACUCUACAAGGCUGAGCAAUCACCACUGAAUUGCAUUGUAAACGCAGAUGAUGCAUCUUGGAUUUCCGGUUACCUAUUCGCCAGCGCCGCUGUGGGUGCACUCAUCGGCGGCUUCCUCUCGCAAAGGAUAGGUCCGCGAGCGGUGCUACUUCUAAGCGGUCUAUUGCAAAUUCCGAGUUGGUUUUGUGUGCAUUUCGCCUAUGAUAUCUUACACAUUUAUUCCUCACGUAUUUUCGGUGGCUUGGCAGGUGGCGCCACAUUUGCAGUGCUGCCUAUUUUCAUAGCCGAGAUAUCCGAGGAGCACAAUAGUUCUAGUCUUCUCGCCACAAUAGAACAAUGGCGCACAGUGGGUAUGCUCUUUGGCUUUCUACUCGGUCAACAUUUGCAAUAUGAAUAUGUUAGCGUGGUAGCCAUAUGUAUCUCUUGUGCCUUUACACUGGUCUUCCCGUUUAGUCAGGAGACUCCAUACUUCCAUAUGCGCAAAGGAAAUAUGUCGGGUUUGGAGAAAUCUUUGCGGUGGUUUCGCGGUGUGCGUCGUAUGAGCGUUCGCAAUCGUCCCGAUUUUUUGCGCGAAUUGCAGGAUCUCAAGGGCAACAUGGAAAAGCAUGUCAUCGCACAAGCGAAUGUGCCGCAAACCUACCUGGUAAAGGUGACACUGAUAACUCUUGUACUGAUUGUGGGCGCACAGCUGAGUGGAAUCUAUGUGAUACUCACGUGGUCAGAUGAGAUAUUGGCAAAGGACGUCUUCGGUGGCCUUUCCCCAGAUUCUAGCGUUGUAAUUCUAGCUUUCGUGCAGUUUGCUGCAGCCACAAUUGUCGUGUGGUCAGCUUCGGUGCUCAGAAGAAAGAUUCUGCUCUUUUCGUCGGCAUUGAUUUGUGGUUGUGCAGCGAUAUGCUUAGCUGUCUGUAUUGCAAUGAAAGUUCGAGGUCCAUUUCAAUGGUUAGUAUCCGGGUUGCUGCUGCUGCACACAUUCUUCGCAAACUUGGGCAUGUAUCCGCUUAUGUCGUUAAUUCCCAGCGAAAUGUUACCAACAAAGGUGUUCGGGCUCGGAGUUAAAAAUCAUUAG